UUUCCUUCCUCCAAACGUGGAGAAGUUUUUCUGCACGUCCACUCGCCGGGAAGGUGAGUGUGUGUGGAUGGAGUUGUCAUUCCGGACGGCUGCGUGUAAACAAAACUCUCCGUGAAGGUCCGACCCGCGCAGCUGCGACUGCGCCACGCGGGCACAAUGGCAGGCCCGACGUGCCUGGAGGACACGCUGCCCGCAGAGGAGAAGGACUUCCAGGAGAUUAUCACCCAGAUCGGAGGUAGAGACAAGAUCUAUUUAGUGAGUGAAGCCUGCAAAGCCGAGCAUGAGGGGAAGAGUGACAACGACACAUUACAGGAGUUCAUCCGCGACAUGUUUUACAGCAGCGGUCCUGCCGACCGAUCCGUUCCUCCAAGUGAUCACGGCGAUGCUGCAAGUGAAAAACAGAUCAGCAUCGAGACGGAACCUGCUCCCUGUAAUGAAAUCCCUCUGCCAGGGAGGUCUAAAGAUUUGGAAUUGAGAGCCAAGCCGGCGGGGGGGAAGGAGGACAAGAGGCGGCGGCCGGGCAACGGAAACGCUCAAAGCACCGCCACGUCGAGCAUGGACAUUUCCAGCCCACGGCGAACAAUAGACUCCCCUAUCAUCAUAUUCAUCUUCAGACAGGAGUUUCUCAGCAGCAGUUCAAACGAAGUGUGUCUGAAGGAGAUCCUGAAGGACGUGAGGGCGCGCACGAAACGCGCCAGGAGCAGCCGGCCCGCCCUGCUUGGAUUAAUACGCACCGCGGAGGAGAGCGCCGAGACGCGGCAGUGUGCGCAGCUCCUGGAGCGCCUGAUCCGCGCGGUGUUUCGCAGACACUCACCGGAGGCGAUCUGGGUCGGCAGUUUCAUCCCAAAGACAGAGGCCAAGAUGCUCGCCAUCAAGAAAAACGCCUGCAGAGUCCUGUGCUCGUCUCAAACAACAGAUAAUACCAGGGAUAGAGGGAACCCGCGUUUCUGGCCAUUCCAGUGUUUGCCCUGGCCUCCCAGAGGAGCAGCGCGAGGGCAGGCCGGCAGCUCUCCAGCCAGCAGGCAACGAGGUGACACGGGAAGUAUAGAGGAAGGGAUUCCUCUGAAAACUAAACCUUUGUCCAUUGGAGUGCAUGUGGAUGAAGAAGGAGCUGGAAGGGACAGCUGACAUGAUCAUGAGACACGACCAGUGGCCUCGCCCCAUCACUGUGAACAGUAUUUUCACUGGUGCGUCUAAAACCUGGCCUUAAGCAACACCUGGUGCCGAGGAUUUGCACUUGCUGCCAUCACGCCGCUUCACAGUUUUGACUCUCAUGCUGUUCAGUCAGCGUGAAACCUGUCCUUCAGGAACAUCUGCUGCUAAAGACAGGCAGUGCAGUGUGUUGCUGACUGAUGUGUCGUCUUAUACAGCCCUUACGAUCAGUUACAGGGGAAUUUACUGAAGUCCAUAUAGAGCAAGUAUCUCAUUCACCAAAUGUUGCCUGUAGUUUGGCAUCUUCUCUCAGUGUAGCACCACAUUUAAUCAAAGUAUCUCUUGAUAUAGGCAGUUAGACUCCUCCUUUCCUUUGAAAAAUCUCACCUUGUCCAUGAGGUUAGACCAGUAUGCUUAUUAUAGAGACAUAUCAUUUAAAAAUAUAUAUGGUGCAAAAGAGGGCAGCCUAUGAAUGUAAAUAUUGUGUGCCUUAGAUGACCAGUGUUAAUAAUUGCACUAAUAAACAUACCUGUAAUAGAAAUGGAAUACUUGUCUUUCUACUUGUAUUUAUGAUUUUGUGUAGGUGACUACUGUACGUUAAUAUAAAUAUGGAAAUAAACAGAACAUGUUUAA